CACGGCUCUGUUUGGCAGUCUGCUCCCAGGAUUACCUUAGUGCUCUCUGAUCUGAUAGAGGACAUGCAGGCAUGAGUAGGUAAGAUCUGAUAGAGGACAUGCCAUCAAGAGUAGGGCUUGCUCUUGCAGAAUGUCAAUGCGAACACAUGCCGGUGAUGGACUACAGGUGGACAGACACUAACCUGGCUAUUACUGAACCACUCAACUCCUAACUGAGACCAGCUCCACAGAAUGCUGAGUCCCAUUGUCCCAUAUAGCCUAUUGAAGAUGCACUGGAACCCGGAGCAUGCCCAGCCCCUCAGCCAGUGGCCCGAGCAGCACUUGGACGUGUCCUCCACCACAUCCUCCCCGGCCCACAAGUCCGAGCUGUACGCCGGGCGCGGCCGCGGCAGCCACGCUUGGGCCAACGACGACAUCUCGGCCCUCACCGCCUCCAACCUGCUGAAGCGAUACGCCGAGAAGUACUCGGGCCUGCUGGAUUCCUCCUACGAGCGCCCGCCGCCUCUGAGCGCCGGCUACGCCGAGGGGCCUGGGGCGUUCGCCGGCCUCAACGGCCCCAAGACGGAGCUGGAGCCCUGGCCGCUGACUCACGGCUCUGAAGGGGGGUACCCCCUGGUGGCCCCCGGGGGCCUCGACAGCCUGUCUGGCCCCAAGGCUGUGGCUGCCAGUGCAGGGCCCCAGGGGGCGAGUAGCGUGUCAGUGAUCAACAGUAACCUCUCAGACUCUGGCUACAGUGGCAGCAGUUCCUGUAACGGCUCCCACUCGGGCGAAUACCCGCCCAGCUACAAUGGCUCCUACCUCUCCUCUGGCUACUGUCCCCAGCCCAGCGCAGCCCUUCCCCCGGCCUCGCUCCACGCGCUCCAGCCCCCAUCCACCCUGGUGCCGACCUACUCACCCUCCAACCCAGUCUACAACUACCCCCACAGCAGCUACCCCCACCAGGCCAGUCUGACCCCAAGCUUUGGUCACCCGUCAUCAGGCUACCUGACUUCGGGCCUGGCCGCCCCCACCCCCUUGCCCUCGCGGCCCACUGCGGUGGGGGGCAGCUAUAGCUACCAGAACGCUAUCCUAGGGGGGUCUGAGUCUGGGGGUCCGCUAAAGAGGAAGGCCUUUGAGAUGACACUUGACGAAGAGGAGGAGGGUGAUGGCUCACGCUACAGGAAGUACGGCUACGACCCCAUGAAGACCGGAGGAGAGUCGCCCUACAGCUUGGCCGACAAAGGCGAGUGUCGGGGAAACGGCUUCAGUGGAGGCAGCACAGACUCUCAGGCCUUCAAGCCCAGUAAACCUUCCCCUCAGCCUCUGGUUUCUCCUCCCUACGGGGUGGCCGGCGAGUACAGCCCCCCCACGGGCCUGACAGGGGAGAACGGAGGGGAGGAGCAGGGAUUCUCCCAGCGGCACCGCUCCCACGCCCACAAGCGGCCCUCUCUGUGUAGCCAGGCCGGGGAGGCCCUGAAGAGCCCCGACCCCCGUGUGCUGGACCUGGUGGACGGGGAGCUGCUGGACUGCAGCCCUGCCCUGCUGUGGGGGGAGCUGGUGGGCCUCACCCACGUCAAGGCGGCCCUGGAGGAGGACCUGCUGUGGCCCGUGCUCCGGCCAAGCCCCGGGCUGCGCCCACCCAGAACCGUCCUGCUGUUUGGCCCCCAGGGAGGGGGGAAGACCACCCUGACCCGCUCCCUGGCCUCCCAGCUGGGGGCCUCCUUCUACCGGGUGAGUGGCGCCAUGCUGGCCUCCAAGUGGAAGGCGGAGGCAGAGCAGAUCCUGGGGGCGCUGCUGCAGGUGGCAGGGGCGCGGCAGCCCUCGGUGGUCCUGAUCAGCGAGGUGGAGGCCAUGGAGGAGGAGGGGCUGAGACCCGUGCUGCUGGCCGCCCUGGAGAAGGCCCAGCUGGGCUCGGCGGGGCUGCUCCUCGUGGUGUGUGCCACGGGCCGGCCCGACAUGCUGCAGGAAGCCGUGCAUCGGAGCUUCGCCAAGCGCUACCACGUGGGGCUGCCCGACCCGGCCAUGCGCAGACAGGUGCUGCUGCAGACGCUGGCACCGCAGGGCUGCAGCCUGAGCGAGAGGGAGCUGAGCGCGGUGCUGCAGCGCUGCGAGGGCUUCUCCGUGUGGGAGCUGCUGCAGCUCUGUCAGCAGGCGCUGGCCUCCUCCGCCGCCUCCUCCGCCGCCUCCUCGGGGCCCAUGCACGGCCUCGCCACGCCCAGCAACCCCCCAGCUUUCACAGACUUUGAGAAUGCCUUCUGCAAGGUGCGCACAAACACCACCCCGAAAGAGCUGGACACUUGUAUGGAGUGGAGCAAAGUGUAUAGCCACUGAGGAGGCAGCCAGCCACUGUAGGGAAACGUUCAUUUGAUCUGGCCCCUGCUCUGACCUGACAAGCCUUGGGAAUGUCAAUAUCUUUCUCUGUUUUUGUUUUUUUCUUUCUUCAUUACCUAUUAUGCAGCCAAAAGAGUGUUAGGUUUAGAGGGGAAAAAAAGCUCAAUCAUUUGAGUGCUGACACGCAAAUAUAUAUUCAUUAUACCAGGUGAAGCAUGCCAUGGUAUGCUGUUUCAUUUGCUCUAAAUAUACAUAUACUUUAUUUCUCCCAAAGAACAGAAUGAUGAAUAGGCCUUCGUGGGUGGGUCAUGGUUACUUUUUUCCAAUCAAAUGGGAAAAAAAUAGACAUUUAGUCAGAAGCUCUCAAAGAUCCUGAUUAACCCUUGGUCCAGGACAAAAUCAGUUAUUUGUUGCUAGGUGAAGUGGUCCAAGAUUCUGGAUAAUCAGGGUUCGGGAAAUCCCCACCUUUGACUGCUACUCAGGAUUGUAUUUAUUGCCAGACCGCUGCGGUGGUAUUGUAGAGUUUAUUUAGUCUUUCAUCUACCAUCGAUCAUUUGACAAGAAUAAAAAAGGGCUUAGGAUCUUUUUCAGCAACCACCAUCUUGUUUUGACCAAAAAACAAGAUGUUUUAUUUUAGGGGAGGCCAUGUUUUCGGUCUCUCCUAUGAUGAAUUGAGAAAAUAAUCUUUUUAGCUUCUCGCCAAAAUCACGACAUGACAAUUGGUAUAAUGUAUUAUCUUUAUAUUUAAAUAAUCAAAUGGACAGCUUAUGUACUGUAUUAUUCAUUUAAACUGGUCUUUUAGCGUGCACUUUGACAAAGCACAGGUGUUUUCUUCUCUUGCUAGUAGCUACAGUAUUAUUUACCGUCCUCUUACUGAAUGUCUUUCCAGAACAGAAACAAAGCAUUCAUCCUUACUGAUUUUAGAAAGAACAUUUUAGCUGAUAAAUGUGGUUCAACCUCACAAGCAUCACAUAUGAAUAAAAAGUACCGUAAUAUAUUGUUGAAAACCUUCUACAUACACACACACUAUAUAUAUACACACACGUGUAUAUAUAGUAUUGAUAGUCUGCCACACAUUCCACCUUCAAAUCAAUUUACCUGAGAAAUGUGUUUCCUGCCCUUAGUCAAUAACCACAGCUUCCCUAAAAUCAUUUGUCUUCUUGUUCACCUACUCCUUUUAUUUCUUAAUAUGUGUAGUCUUGUUAAAAUGCUCAGGAAGAAUUUCUUUACCUCAGAAAUAAUAAAGAAAGAAUGUAUGUAAUUUUAGGGUGUUAAGAGAGAGAGAGAGAGAGUUGUGCAGAGCAGGGAGGAAGAGAGACCUGACACAGUUCUGCUUACCCACUGCAGCUGGGCUUUACCUCGGGAGAGAAACUUGAAAAUGCUACAAAAGAGUAACAUUGAAUGUAAUUCAGGUAUUUCAAAGGAUAUUUGAUGCCAUAAAUCCAUGUUUUUAUUAUAUAUGAAUAUAUAAAUACAUUUUUUCUUAUCCUUAUUCUUUAUUAUUAUGUAGAUUUGUUUUUGGUGGAAUGAUGGUUGUCUUCAUGAAAUGUUAUGUAGAACACAGAAAAUAUUCCUUUUUUGUUGGACAAACCGUUUACUGAUCCCCCAAAGUGUUUACAGAAUCUAUACAUGCUUACAUGCUAUGAAUAUAUUUGGAUGAACACAUGGUCUUUGUUUAAAGAUGUAAAUAAAACUUGCCCAAGCAUUAACGUGCGCUCAAUUAAGUUACCUGAGCACAGAAAAUAGUGAUCUCAUAUUUUAAAACAAGAGACUAAACCUAAUGAUUAAUCACACAGUUGGCAGCUAAUCAUGUCUGAAGACUAAUACAGUUAAUCACAUACUCAAAUACCCUACAGACAUUAUGUGGAUUUACCUAACCUGUAGAGGAUCCACAGGGAACAGCUCCGUUUAACAAGCUGGAAAAAUGCAGUCACUCGACCGCUAGGUACUGAGGUCAUGCUUAUUUGACUGUUGCCAUGGUCAUGUGGAGGGCAGCACAUAUGAUGCAAUGAUCCAGCCCCUCCCUUCCAACCCCCAACCAACACCACCCCCACACACACAACCCCCCUUCCCUGUCUCUUGGUCCCUAACCCAAUCUCAUUACAGAGGACCCCCC